GACGAGGGAGGCGUGUACUCUCUUCAGUGUGUUCUGACGGAGCCGAAGUACAGAAACCAUAUUUACAGGUACAUGUGACAGCGUUGCAGCUAUGAGUGGAAUUUUAAAGGGGAAGUUUGAAGAAGUCAACGGCUCCUCACCCUGCUCUUCAGUGCAGGAAUCAGAUGAUGAAGUUUUCAGCUGUGACAGUACUGAGAGUGUUGAUAGUGUCAAUCGUUCAGUUUUAAUGAUUUUACCAGAAAAAAUGAGGAAAUAUCAACAGACUGAAAAUAUGUUUUCAGAGGCAUAGAAUCUUCAGGAAAAUACUGGAGUUCCUGAGAUCUCAAGGUACAUGUGACAGCACUGCAGCUAUGAGUGGAAUUUUAAAGAGGAAGUUUGAAGAAGUUGACGGCUCCUCACCCUGCUCCUCUGUGAGGGAAUCAGAUGAUGAAGUUUCCAGCAGUGAAAGUGCUGACAGUGGGGACAGUGUCAAUCCAUCCACUUCUAGUCAUUUUACCCCUUCCUCCAUUCUCAAAAGGGAGAAACGACUGAGGACAAAGAAUGUACAUUUUAGUUGUGUCACCGUGUACUACUUCACCAGGAGGCAAGGCUUCACAAGUGUGCCCAGUCAAGGGGGAAGCACCCUGGGGAUGUCCAGCCGCCAUAACAGCGUGCGCCAGUACACUCUUGGCGAGUUUGCAAGGGAGCAGGAGAGGCUCCACCGGGAGAUGUUGAGAGAACACCUUAGGGAGGAAAAGCUGAACUCCUUAAAACUAAAGAUGACUAAGAAUGGCACAGUAGAAUCAGAAGAAGCCAGCACUCUUACACUGGAUGACAUUUCUGAUGAUGACAUUGACCUGGACAACACAGAGGUAGAUGAGUACUUCUUCCUACAACCUUUGCCAACAAAAAAACGAAGAGCUCUGCUGCGUGCCUCUGGAGUGAAAAAGAUUGACGUGGAAGAAAAGCACGAACUCCGAGCCAUCCGCCUCUCACGAGAGGACUGUGGCUGUGACUGCCGAGUGUUCUGUGAUCCAGACACGUGCACCUGCAGCCUGGCUGGCAUUAAGUGCCAGGUGGAUCGUAUGUCUUUCCCAUGUGGUUGCACUAAAGAAGGAUGUAGUAACACAGCAGGUAGAAUUGAAUUUAAUCCUAUCCGUGUUCGGACUCACUUUUUGCACACAAUAAUGAAACUUGAACUGGAGAAAAACCGAGAGCAGCAAAUCCCCACGCUGAAUGGCUGCCACAGUGAGAUAAGUGCUCACAGUAGUUCUAUGGGCCCUGUCGCUCACUCCGUAGAAUAUUCAAUCGCAGACAGUUUUGAGAUUGAAACUGAACCCCAGGCUGCAGUGCUGCACCUGCAGUCGGCUGAAGAAUUAGAUUGCCAAGGAGAGGAGGAGGAAGAAGAGGAGGAUGGGAGCAGCUUUUGCAGCGGAGUCACAGAUUCUAGCACGCAAAGCUUGGCACCUAGUGAGUCAGACGAGGAGGAGGAGGAAGAAGAAGAGGAAGAGGAGGAGGAGGAUGACGAUGAUGACAAAGGAGAUGGCUUCGUGGAAGGUUUGGGCACCCAUGCCGAAGUUGUCCCUCUUCCUUCAGUUCUUUGUUAUUCUGAUGGCACCGCCGUUCACGAAAGCCAUGCAAAGAAUGCUUCUUUUUAUGCCAACUCUUCAACUCUGUAUUACCAAAUAGAUAGCCACAUUCCAGGAACUCCAAAUCAGAUCUCUGAGAACUAUUCUGAAAGAGACACUGUCAAAAAUGGUACCCUUUCGCUGGUGCCUUACACUAUGACCCCGGAGCAAUUCGUUGACUAUGCCCGACAAGCAGAAGAGGCCUAUGGUGCCUCCCACUACCCAGCUGCCAACCCCUCUGUAAUCGUUUGCUGCUCCUCUUCCGAAAAUGAUAGCGGUGUGCCCUGCAAUAGUUUAUAUCCUGAACACAGGUCCAAUCACCCUCAAGUGGAAUUUCACUCAUACUUGAAAGGCCCCUCCCAAGAAGGGUUUGUCUCUGCAUUGAAUGGUGACAGUCACAUUUCAGAGCAUCCUGCUGAAAAUUCUUUGAGCCUUGCAGAAAAGAGCAUAUUGCAUGAAGAGUGCAUCAAAUCACCCGUGGUUGAGACAGUCCCUGUUUAGUAGCUUAAAUUAUUCUAGGACCAACUCUUCUCUUAUUUAAGGCACUGUAUUUAAUUGGAUUUCCUGGGCUCAUCAUUGUUUAAACUGAAGACCAAGAAAACUUGGACGGUGGUUAAUCUUCCAGACUGUAUUUUGUUUUUUCCUUUCUAGCCACAUGACUGUGGCAUUGCACAAAUACAGUCUCUGUAGGGAUUUUAAAAGAUUUCAGACUGUUUUGAUAGAAAAUGCUAAAUUUUAAAAUGCAUAUCUCACAGUUGCCUACCUGUCAAACUGUGUGAAACCUGCCAAUCUGUGUAGAUCAGAGCUCCAAAUUUUGGAUUAUCGGGCCUGUGCAAGAUUGUUAACUAAGGCUGGGAAAUAAUAAGAUUUAGAGUCCUAAUUUUCAAUAUAUCUGAAGAUAAUGAUGACUUUUUAAUGUAAAAGUAAUUAUUGUAAGAAAAAGAUUUAAUUGU